AGGACGCUUGCAAUGGUGGAAAAUGGAGUCUAUUAACCUGUGAUCACCUGUGAUGUUGAUACAAUUGUUAUUAAUCAUAAAAAGCUUUUCAUGGAAUUAAAAUGGCUGGUAAAGUGUGGAAUUCAGAAAUAUGGAAAGCAUGGGAUAAACAUGGGAAAAAUGAUUUCCUCAAGUUAAUCAAGCACAAAUUUAAGGAAGGCAACACUACAGAAUGGAGAAGAGGAUUGUACGAAUUAAUAUCGAAUGGAAUCCGUGGGAACAUAAAAAGGGACAAUGUAGUUCAGACAUUAGGUGAACUGAUGAAUAUUGAUGGAGCAAUACCAUCUGCAAUUGUAGAUAUAUUUACACUGAUAGAUGCAGAAGCACAUAACGAAGAACGAAAUAACUUUUAUUAUAUUGUGAAAGAAGCAGAAAAGUUUCUAACAGAUAGGAUAUUGAAGGAACGUUUAGAAAUCGAUACAUUGCAAGAUGUUGGAACAUUAAAGAAUAAGAGUUUUCAAACUAAGUUUAUCAAAGUGAAAACAAAAUUGUACUAUAAACAACGGAAAUUUAAUUUAUUCAGAGAAGAGAGCGAAGGCUAUUCUAAACUUAUAGUGGAAUUGAAUCAGGAACGUCCAGAAAACGAAGUUCCAUCGAUACUAGAAAUUGUUAAAUCUCUUAUUGGAUAUUUUAAUUUAGACCCUAAUAGAGUACUGGACAUUCUAUUAGAAACUUUCGAAAAUCGACCUCAGGAUGAUGCACUGUUUAUUCCUUUAAUUCGUUCAUAUAUGAGUGAUCAGCAGGUACUCUGCGAAGUUCUAGGAUUUAAAUAUUGUUGUACUGUCAAUGCUACUCCGUUUUCAUUACAAAAAGUUACUGCACUUAUGUUACAACACGGUGUCAUUAAGUUAGAUGAUAUAUUACCAUGGUUAGUGCCAGAUGAUAGGACUAUUAUUAAAGAACAUGAGCAUGCAAUGAAACUAGCAAAAGAAUAUGUCCGUAAAUUAAGCAUAAUUUCUACUAAAGACAAAGAAGAAGUCCCAGAGGAAAAAGAAAACCUACAGGAUAAAUAUAUAUGCAAUCAAAAGUUCGGAUUAUGCGAAGCACUGUUAGAAAUAGGAGCUUGGGAGGUAGCACAAAACUUAUUUGGUAGGUUACCAGAACACAGUCUUACCGAUCAGCGUCCUAUUGCGUUAGCACUCUGCAAAAUGAUUCAAUCCCUUAUCGAACCCGUUUAUCGCAAGUAUUGUAUCAUAUCGCCGAAAAUACAAGGCAGAAGAGUACCUCCGUUAAAGAGCUCUCUAGCACCAAAGUCGAUAGAAAACCUUGAACAGAUACAUGAUCAGUUGUUACCGAUGCUCAUAGUUCUUGGUCCCAAUUUACACCAUGAUCCCGUUUUAAUGUACAAAAUCAUGAGAUUAUGUCAUGCGGCUAUUAAACAGUGCCCGUUAGAUUCGAACAAGCAACCGGUUGACAAGAAUAAUAAUCUUUACUAUGAUGUACUGACUAUUCUCGACGUGGCAUUGUUACCCUCAUUGUCUUUCAUGGAUUGCAACUGUUGUGUUGCAGAAGAAUUGUGGAAUAUUUUAAAAUAUUAUCCGUAUCAAAAUCGAUAUUGUUUAUACGCUCGCUGGAAGAACGAUACACCUUUACAGCACGCUGCUCUUUUACGGAAAAGAGCCGAUGCACAGAAGAUGAUUAAGUCUAUUAUGAAAAGAGUAAGCAAGGAAACUAUUAAACCUGUAGGAAGGUCAAUAGGCAAACUAACACAUUCGUCGCCUGGUGUGUUAUUUGAUUAUGUUCUUAUACAAAUUCAAUUGUAUGAUAAUCUUAUAGGACCUGUCGUAGAUUCUCUAAAAUAUCUGACAAACAUUUCGUAUGAUGUACUCGGUUAUUGUCUUGUGGAAGCUUUAGCAGGUGCUGAUAGAGAUAGAUUUAAACAUGAUGGUACCAGCAUAUCUCUUUGGCUUCAAUCUCUAGCUUCAUUCUGUGGAGCUAUAUUCAAAAAAUAUAAUAUUGAACUUACUGGUCUGUUGCAAUAUGUAGCUAACCAACUCAAAGCACAAAAAAGCUUAGAUUUAUUAAUAUUGAAAGAAAUAGUACAAAAAAUGGCAGGUAUUGAAGCUGCUGAAGAAAUGACUUCAGAUCAAUUGGACGCUAUGGCAGGCGGAGAUUUAUUAAAAAACGAGGCUGGUUAUUUCAGUCAAGUACGUAAUACAAAGAAAUCGUCUCAACGAUUAAAAGAAGCUCUUGCUGAACAUGAUCUUGCUGUAGCUCUAUGUCUAUUAAUGGCACAACAAAAACAUUGUGUUGUGUACAGAGAGACAGAUAAAUCUCAUCUUAAACUUGUUGGGAAAUUGUAUGAUCAGUGUCAAGAUACGUUAGUUCAAUUUGGAACUUUCUUGGGUUCGACAAUGACAGUAGACGAAUACGUUGAAAGACUUCCCACCAUACACUCUAUGCUUCAGGACAAUCAUAUACAUUCUGAUGUUGCAUUUUUCCUUGCUAGACCAAUGUUCGCACAUGCUAUUAAUAUUAAAUAUGAUGCCCUACGUAAAGCUGACCCAAACUACAAAAAAAUGUCAACCACUAUGAAACAAGCGAAAUAUGCAGAAGCUGCGCAAGCGGUUAUGGCACCUGUUGCUCAAUCCGUUAGACCCUUGCAUCCUUUGAAAGUAUGGGAAGAUAUUUCGCCGCAAUUUCUUGUAACAUUUUGGUCAUUGUCUAUGUAUGAUUUGUACGUCCCUGUGGAAAGUUAUCAGCGUGAAAUUAAUAAACUAAAGCAACUUGCGGCGCAAAGUGCCGAUUCCAAAGACAUGAAUGUUAGUAAAGGGAAAAAGGAACAAGAAAGAUAUACUACGUUAAUCGAAAAAUUACAGGACGAAAGGAAAAAACAAGAAGAACACGUUGAAAAAGUAUUUGCAUAUCUCAGACAAGAGAAAGAUACAUGGUUUUUAUCUCGGAGCGCUAAAUCGGCGAAAAAUGAAACGAUAACCCAAUUCCUACAAUUGUGCCUGUUUCCUCGAUGUACAUUUACGACUGUGGAUGCCAUGUAUUGUGCUAAGUUCGUUCACACUAUACAUUCUUUAAAGACUGCAAAUUUUUCAACGCUUCUUUGUUACGACAGACUUUUCUGUGAUAUAACAUAUUCAGUUACCUCAUGUACCGAGAACGAAGCAAAUCGUUAUGGGAGAUUUUUAUGCGCCAUGCUUGAAACAGUAAUGAGAUGGCAUUCUGAGAAAGCCAUAUUCGAUAAGGAAUGUAGUAAUUAUCCAGGAUUCGUGACGAAGUUUCGAGUUAGUAAUCAAUUUUCCGAAGCGAACGACAUGGUAGGAUUUGAAAACUACAGACACGUGUGCCACAAGUGGCAUUACAAAAUUACCAAGGCUAUAGUAGUUUGUUUGGAUUCCAAGGAUUAUGUACAAAUAAGAAAUUCUUUAAUAAUAUUAAUAAAAAUAUUGCCACAUUUCCCUGUAUUGGCUAAACUGUCACAAAUUCUUGAGCGAAAAGUGGAAAAAGUAAGAGAAGAAGAACGUGGACAACGUCAAGAUUUACAUGUCCUGGCUACGUCAUAUAGUGGCCAAUUGAAAGCCAAAACUCCAAAUAUGAUUCGCGAAGCAGAUUUCCAUCAUGUAGGAGACAAGGCUGGAAAGACGCUAGAUACUUCAAAUAGUGAUCCAUCGGAAAAAGUCAGUGAUGGAAUAUCAAAUAAAGAAAUUACUAACGGUGACACUCGAAUGGAAAAAGAAAAUAAAGAUCAACGAGAGAAACGAAGCGCAUCGAAUCAACUACAUCACGAAAGUUCUGAAAAAAUCAGAAAGAAAGAUGAAAAUAAGGAAAGUUCAGACGGGAAGGACAAACAUAUAAAAAAGGAUGAAAUUAAAGAAGAUGAUCCGAUAGAUAAAAAGGAUAGAAAAUAUUACAAAGAAGAACAUUAUUAUAGCAGUGGAGUAGACAAUUUAGAUCGAGAUCUCUCUAGUGUAUCAAAUAGUAGUGCUAGUUCCGGACCAACUCAAGAUGGAUCUGAUAGAGAUGCAAAAAGAAGAAAAGUUGAAAACAUACAAAAGCAGGAAGGUAGACGCACAGAAGGUAGUUUAGACAAAAAAGAACGUUCGAGUAAGGGCAAAAUAAGGGAUGAACAAAAAGAACUACGUAAAGAAAAGAAAUUGGGACGAAAGAGGGAUAGGGCAGAUGAAUCAGCAAUCACAACUGAACAAAAAAGAAGAAAAGAUGAUGAAAGAGCAAAAGGAGCACACCAAAACGGUGAUAUUCCAGAACACAGAGAAAAACAUCACUAUAACAAGGAAAAGUCACCCUACACAAAGGAACGUACUCAUGAACGGGAAGGCCGUGAAAGUCGAGAUAAACAUAGGCGGAGUUCGGAUCCAAAACGAAGAUGAUGUACAACAAUGGAAAAAAAUUGACUUAACAUUUUAUAUACUACGUUUGGUGUUGCAUGUAAUUAAGGUAGAAUUCAAAUAAUAAAGAAAAAUAGAGAAUAAUUUGUAUAUUAUAUUAACGUCCAAUU